UGACAUGCGUCACCAUGAGCCAUUUUGUCUGUAAAGAAACUGUGGUGUCGUCAACGUGAUCAAACGUCGUCAAAGUGUAUGAAAAGUUGAAGUGAUUUUUUUUUAUUUUCACAAGUUUUAUAAAUUCAAGAAUACAUUUUGUGUUUUUAAGUACGAAAAAACUAAAGUAUAUUUGAGUCUCAUUUAUACUGGAUUUUCAGUUGUUCAAAAGUUUAUGUUAUAUGGUGGGGUGGGUGUAUAGUAACUAUUGGACACUUUGGUGCGCACCCCAAAUCAUUUUCUCAGAAGUCAAUCCCAUCCCCGUGAAAAGUGUUGCUAAUUUGUGGAAAAUCCAAUGCUCACUGCAGCUCCCGGAGCUACCAGGAGCAACAAAUCUAACGUUGACAUCGUGGAUUGGAGACUGAGGGAAUUGUUAAGAUGAAAAUCGACACAUCUAGACUGAAGCGUGGCAAUUCGGACGUCUCACCGGAAUGUCAGGCACUAAUUGAUCGGCUGAGAAAUUGUUCGAGAAGUGAAUUGGCCGAUGAAUUGGGCAAAAUAGAUUCAUGGACAUUUGGCAAGUGCGAAUUGUACCAUUGGAUUGAAGUACUGGAUAUAUUCGAUGGGAUUCUCGAGGAGGCCACUGAUAUUCAACGAAGUGAAUGGCACAUCGAGAUUGAUGUUAACUUUAGUCCUGAGGAAGUUAAAUUGGUGCUGUUGGUUCUCAAUUUCACAACACUCCUCAUUGAACACAGUUUCUCACGUCAUUUGUACAGUUCAAUUGAGCACCUUAGUGCCCUUUUGCUGUCAAUUGACAUGGAAAUUGUUCUUGGUGUCCUAAAUCUCCUGUAUAUGUUCUCAAAGCGUAGCAAUUACCUAUCACGUUUAACAGGUGAAACACGGACGGCACUACUUGGACGACUGAAUUUUAUUGCUGAAAGUUGGGGUGGACGUGAAUAUGGUCUGGGAUUGGCUGAAUGUUGUCAUCAUGAUGCCAAAUUACCACCAACAGCAACAAUAUUCUACUAUGAAUUCUACAAUAAACGCGGUGAUCUCGAAACAAUUAAUAUUGAUGAUGCACGUGGUAAAUUUAGUGAUCCACGUGAUUUGACAGUUCAUCUACUUCAACGCAGUACAGAUCGAUUGUCAGAUGAACAACGAAUUCAUCUAUUUAUGCGACUCAGAUCAUCAAUGCGCUUCCAUGAGCAUCAGGCACGUUUGCAAUUUGUCCAAGCGAGACUUCAAGCACUCUCCGUUCUUGUCUAUUCUGAUGCCAUUCAUGAAAAAACCCAUUCACUCAUUUAUCCGGGUUUUCUUGAAGAAUUGGUGGAAUUACUUGAGUUGAAUGGGAAGGAUUUGGUGGAAAUUCAUGCAGCUGCAUUGAGAACAAUGACAUCAAUUAUUCAUUUGGAUAGAAAUCCAACAUUACCGAAAAAACCAAGUUCAAGAUUGGGAAUGAUUAUUGAUGUAACCGGUGCUAAUUCCUAUCAUGGUUUCCUACCAACACUCGUUAGGGGAUGCAUUUGUAGCCUUACAGCACCACAGGAAACCUUUCCACUACCCCUGGCAACAGCUCUCUUCAGUUUCCUGUACCAUCUGGCUACGUAUGAAGUUGGUGGUGAGAGUUUGGUGGCGUGUGGCAUGAUGGAGAGUCUGUUGAAGGUGAUCAAUUGGCAAGGUAGUGAAUUGGAGCAUAUAACAUUUGUCACACGAGCUGUUAGAGUUAUUGAUCUCAUCACAAAUAUCGAUAUGGCAAGUUUUCAGGCACAUGCUGGUCUCAGUAGUUUUAUUGGUCGGUUGGAAGUUGAAGUGAAAACAUGUCGUACUGAUCAACCAGAUGAAAUAAUACCCAAAUGUCGUAAUACGGAAAAUAUUGAAGGUGUCCUUGGGCCAGGUGGUGGUGAAUCUGGACAAGGUGGAUCAAUAACUGAAGUCCAAUCUGGUGAUACGGCCAUGAUUGAUGCAAGUGAUACUGUUGGUGAAACAUCAAGAAUACUGCAUCAACAGCAGCAUCGUAUUAGUAGUGUAUGCCUACCACAGAGGGCAGCACUACUAAAAUCAAUGCUAAAUUUUCUGAAAAAAGCCAUUCAAGAUCGUGCAUUUGCCGAAAGUAUUCCUCAUGUUAUGGAAGGUAGUCUACCAAAUUCUCUACGUCAUAUUAUUAGCAAUGCCGAAUACUAUGGACCAUCAUUGUUUUUGCUGGCAACUGAUGUUGUUACAGUGUAUGUCUUUCAAGAACCUAGCCUUUUGUCAGCCCUACAGGACAAUGGAUUGACUGAUGUUGUACUUCAGGCAUUACUGCAGAAAGAUGUACCAGCUACAAGGGAAGUUCUUGGUUCAUUGCCAAAUGUCUUUAGUGCAUUGUGCCUUAAUGGUAGAGGAUUGGAGGCAUUUCUUGCAUAUAAUCCAUUUGAUCGAUUAUUUCGUGUAUUGCUAUCACCAAAUUAUUUGCCAGCUAUGCGACGACGAAGGAGUAGUAUUGGGGAUACUGCAACAAAUUUGGGUAGUGCUGUUGAUGAAUUUAUGAGGCAUCAUCCAAGAUUGACUGUUGCUGCUACGGUAGCUAUUGUUAAAUUGUUGAAGGAUCUUGUAGAAUUGGGAUCAAGUGGACGUUUUAUGUGUUGGCGUCCACCAGCUGCUGCAGCAUCAACAACAACGUCACGGGAUGCAGGAAGUGGUCAGGGUAGUGGAAAGAAACAGACACCACAAGAUGCUGGUAGUAGUGAUGAUGAGGAUGAUGAUGAAGAAGAAGCCAGUACAGCAUCACAGAGGUAUGAUGCAUCAGCACAAUCAGCAAGUAGACAACAGGUUCCCCUUACCGAUUACAUUCACAAUACAAUGAAAUUUAUCGAUGCCAUCUUGAGUAAGUCCAAUUCCGAUGAUCAUUGUCGUGAAUUUGUCAAUCAAGGUGGACUACAGCCUCUAUUUCAAGUACUAGCCCUACCAAAUCUCCCAGUUGAUUGUUCAGUAACAGCCCUAGCCCAGAGUGUAGCAACAGUCUGCAAGAGUAUCAUGAGUUUAGCCUUUGAACCAAUGGUCCUUGGUAUAGCCCUUGAGCAUUUGAGUGAAAUUGUUGAACGUCUUGAGCCACUACAGAGACGCCUAGAACAUCCAGGUGGUAGUGUACUACUCAGUGAACUGGCAAAUUGUCCAGAUCCCGAAGCAGCCUUUGCAACACCAGCCUUUACACCCCUUCUUCAUGCAAUCAGUGCAGCACAUGGCUAUAUAGUUAUGCUAGUACAUGUAUGUCGUACAGGUCAAAAUAAUGUCCGUACAGUCAGCCUACAGAAAUGGGGUCAGGACUCAGAACAGGGUUUAGGUCUCCUAAGGCGUCUCGUGCAACUGUAUACGGCUCUCGUGUGGGAGAGUACCCUACUACUGGCACUCUGUACAGAUGACAUCAUACCGCAAGGCUGUGAUUUUGGCAAAGAAGAUCUCGAUCGACUGGUAAGGGAUGAUACAGCACAAGGGAAUGCCAAUGGAGAUGCAGAUGCAGAUGCAAGAAGCAAUGGUGUCACCAAUGCAAUGGAAAAUUUAACAACAAGUGGCGAAGGUGGGGGAAUUAUGGAAAUUGAUCUGACACAAUCAUCAACAUCGAGUGAUCAGAGUAUUGAGGGAAUUGGUGCUGCUGGUGGAUCAAUUGGUUCAGCAGCAGCAGCAUCAGCAGCAGCAGCAGGAGCAUCAGGAGCAUCAGGAUCAAGUGGACCAGAUAAAAGUGGCAUGAGAAAGAGUCGAACAGCAAAUCCAACGCAACUCAGAUACAUCAAUGUUCUAUUGAGUGUUUCAUCACGUCUUGGACGUGCUCUGGCUGAACUUUUUGGUUUAUUGGUGAAAUUGUGUGUUGGUUCACCAUUGCGUCAGCGUCGUGGUCAAACAAUACCAACUGUUCCGCCAUGUUUUGCUGAGACAUCACGUGAGAUAGCACGUGUAUUGAGUUUUACUCUUGUCGAUGGACUAUCUUAUGAUAAAUUACCACCAUCACCAUUUCCCAAAAUGAAAUUUACCUAUUUAAUAUGUAGCAUUGGUUUUACCAUGCCAAUGCUAUUUGACGAACGACGCUAUGCCUUUCACCUAAUGCUGCAUAAAUUUGUCCAAGAAGGUGGUUUAAGGGCAUUUUUUGAGGUGUUCAAUUGGGUACUGACAACAGCAACACCUAACAAUGAAUUGCCAGAGACAACGGUGGAAUUUAUGAAUGAAUGGUUGACAUUGUUGGAGAGAUUGAUAAAUCCAAAGGCUAUAUUGCAUACACCACAUACAUUGCCGACUAAUCAACGAGCAGGUGGAUCAAAUGGUGGACAGAGAGAUUUGGGUGAUUUUGAUGUUGUACAGUAUCUCAUUGAAGUACAGAGGAAUGCAUUCAAUGCCAUUCAACAAUUGAGAAAAAUUGUGUCAAUACACAAUUUCAGUGAUCGUAUGCAGGAAUAUACAUUGGUUAUACUAAGGCACAUUUUUCGUGCUGAAGCUAUCAUUAAGGAACGUCAGAGUGAACGACAGAGUGAUGAUGGUGAGGAAAAUGUGGCAGGAUCAACGGGUAUGACAUCAACUGAUAUUGCUGCAAGAAUUGUUGUUGGAACAGCACCACGACGUACAGGUACUACUGAUGUAACUCCACCGCAGCAACCCGUAAAUCCACAGCAUCUACGUCAAUUGAUGGAUAUGGGAUUCAGUCAUGAUCACUGUACAGCUGCACUGCGUCAAGCGACAUCGGUCGAACAGGCCACAGAACUCCUCUUGAGUAUGCCAAUAGCAACAGAGAGGGCACCACCAGAGAGAAAUAUGGAUGUUGAUAUGGGUGAAGAAGAACAGUAUAUUCAUGCUAUUUUGAUGAGUCUCAAAGAAAUGCCAGAUAAUCUUGUUGAGGGUAGUACAAUUGCAGCUGAUGCCGAAACAGAACCCGAAACACCAAUACCCCUUGCAACAGAUGAACUCGACAGAUGGGCAGAUGGUGCUGUAUACAUAUGCCUUAAUAUUAUUGAUACAAUGCCAACAUUGGUUAGUCGAGCCCUGGAUCUAUUGAUAACAAUUGCAAAACGUAAUGGUACUAGAUGGCGUGAUGAUAUGCUAAUGGUUAUUUUGGAUGAAGUGGCAAAUUGUCUGGGUUACUAUGAAAAAUACCUGAGUAAGGCAACACCAAGGCAGGCCUUUGUCAGUCUCAUGAGCAAUAAACCAAUCAGUGAGAAGACAGAUAAUCGACUUCAUCUACUUAGAUUGAUGCUUGAUCCACAUCAGGGACAUGAUUUGCGUUUUCCAACGGCCAUGGCAGUAGGAAGGGCCAAUUUAAUUCUCAAAAUAUUCAUUGUAAUGGAACGCCUUGAUCAUCGUCUGACGCAUUUUAGUACUGAAGUCAGUGGACCCAAAUGGUUUCCACAUCUUGCAAUUAUCUUUAAACAAAUCGAACAAGUGGCUGUUCUGCUAGAACAUCGUCAAUCAAUUAUGAUGCGUGGUACAUGGCGAACAUGGAAAUGGUAUGAUGUGGCUACAGCUCAAUGGAAUACAUUUUCAAUGGUUAACAAUCGAACAAUUAAUGAGGCAUUUACAAAUGGUGAAUCUAGUGUACGUAUACGUUCUGGACGUCACAGAUUUACUGUUAAUUUUGGCUGUAUGAGUCAAGUUAAUGAGGAAACAGGUGCCUAUCAGCCAGUUAUAAUGGCCAUUGAGAGAAAUGGUGGUAGUAGUUAUGUGUCAAUUGGUAGUGGUCCAAUUAGGGGUAUUGAACAAUUUGAUGUUAAAAUGAUACUUGAGAUAUUAAUUGAUCUACUACCACUAUCUAUUGAUACAUCUGUCAAGUAUUCACUGAUGAAGACAUGCUUGAGGAUUACGAGAAAUUUUCAAUAUGCCAAAUAUUUUGCACAAAAUGGCGGAAUUGAGGCAUUACUGAGGAUGCGUCAUGUACCAGGUAAUAAUGAUUUUCUCCAAAUAGCUCUACUAUUGAUACGUCAUACGGUUGAAGAACCAAAAACAUUGGAAUUGGCUAUGGAGAGUGUUAUUGUGAGUCGUUUGGUGCCAAAUAUUCCGGCUGGCUAUCGGGAUUUGAUCUAUUUGACACGACAACUUAGUGGUGCUGUUGCUAGAUGUCCGGAAAUGUAUGUACGUGUGGCUAAAAGAAUGCUACGACUAGAUACAACAUCAACAACGGCAAGACGAUCUACCACGGCUAGUGGACAACAUGAUGAUGAUGAACCGAAAUUGUUGGUUAAACUGGCAUCAACAUCAACGGGACAACAAUCAACAACAUCACGUGUGUACACUGUUGAAGAUCGUGUGACACAUGAUGUUAUCAGUGCUCUCCUAUCAGCCCUAAUUGCAACAGAUACCACCGCAGAAUUUGACGAUAAAUCACCAAAUCCAGCUGAUUCAGAUGAUGGUGAUAGAUCAUCAAAUACAGCACAAAUUCCCGAUGAUGAUGACAAUGAUUCAUCAAUGGCUGAUGAUAGAAUAUCACAUGGUAGAUCACCACGUUGGACAACAAAUACAGCACCACCAACAACAGAUACCCAAGAUACCAAUCGUCUACUGAUCUCCAAAGGUGUCCUAUUGCGUUUUCUCAGUGAUUUAGUCCGAAGCUACCAAACUGUUGCCUUAAUUGUGGCUGAAUAUACAAUACCAAAAGGAGAGGCAAAUUUAACAAAAGACACACCAUUGUUGGCCUAUCUAAUUGACACAUUUAUACCAUGGACAGAUUCAAAUCAGGAUCGUGAAUGCAAUGCAAGUGCAAGGAUGUUGGUAUCAUCAUUGGCAGCAAUGUCAGGUGUUGGGAGAAUUCAGAGUAUUUUGAUACAUGAACUGAAGAGUGCACUUGUAAGAACAUGGCAUAUGAGUGAUAUGGCAAAAAAAUGUUUUCACAUACAACUUUUGGCACAAUUGAUACCAAUUUUAAUUGAAGAUAGCCCAUCGGAACAUCCACUGUUGAUGACAACAAAUGGACUGAGGCAACAAAUGAUGAUGCCAAGGCGCAGCAAUAUGUUCUAUGGAAUGGUUCGUCUCAAUUUAAUUGAAGAUCUUGCCCGUGUCACCCAACAAGUUGAUUUUGCCCAUCCCCAUACAAUAGCCACCCUAAAUGCUGUCCUAAAACCCCUCGAGACUCUCCUUCGAUUGACAAAUCAACCAACAUUGUCCGUGGUAACACGUCGACGUGGUGGACAUCAACAGAGGAAUGCUCGAAGGACAUCUGCACCACGACCAACACAGAUCAUUGAAGGUGGCCAUGUUGAUGUUAUUGUGUCUACCGUUAUCUGGCCACAGGAAAAUGGUUCUAGUGAUCGUCCUGCUGUUGCAUCGUCAUCUUCAUCGGCAACUACCCAAGUGUCAGCAUCUGUGGCAGCUGGUGGUGUUGCUGGUGAUGGUGGUGGUACAGGGGCAGCAGCAGCAGCAGGAGGUGGUGGUAGGGUUGAUGGGGAUGCAGGAGGUGGUGGAGGAGGAGGAGCAGGUGAACAAGGUGAAAGUGCCCCAUGGGAAGAGAACGAAGAGGGCAAUGAUGCAGCAUGGCAGGAUCUCUAUACGAUGGAAUCAUCGAGUGAUUCUGAGGAAUCUGAAUCGGCUGGUGGUGAGGAAAAUGCCGAACCGGCUGAUAUGGAGAAUGAGGAGGAGGAGGAACAUGAAGAGGCUGAACCAGAAGAACCAAGUGAUGUUGAAGUUGAUGAAGAAACCCGCCAAUUUGUUGAGAUGUACGAACAACAUGUCUAUGGCAUGAGAUCACCCACAUUUGUUGAAAUUGAACGUGGUAGUGGGGGUAGUGAUGUGGGUGGACCAAGUGGAUCAGGUGGUGGUCCAGAUACCGAAGAUAUCAAUAUGAUACAGUAUCCGAGAGUUGGUGUUACCUCAGGUAAUUCCAAUGUAAUUGAUACAAAUGAUGCAGAGACACCAGAUGGUGCUGGAUCAUCUCAUGAUAUUGCACGGGAUACAAGUAGUCCACGUGUCUAUUUCCAUGCAAUGUACGAUGAUACAGGUGAUAGUGGUGGUAGGGGUAGUCAAAUAACACGAGAUGGUACAACAGCAGCUGCACCAACAACAGCUGCUGGUAAUUUGCAAUUGUUAAUGGGUAGUUCGACACAGCAGAAUCUAACACCAGAUGGCACUGGUGCCAAUGGUGGAGGUGGUGCUGUAGCACAGAGAAAUCGUGUCAGACGAUAUCACUAUUUGCGAUCAAUAGCAGCGAGGAAUACAACGCAGCCGGUGAUACUGCAACGACUCCUUGGACCUAGUAGUCAUCCGUCGACGUCAUCAGCACCAUUCAGGGAUGCAACACGCGUGGUACUGAUGGACAAUGGCUUUGGCAUCUUCUCACCGCAGGCGUCUGGACAGAAUGAAGAAGGUGCAAUUGAUGUUGUAGAUAGAGCUGACUAUUCUGCCCUAUUUGGACGUAGUUUAGCCAGUUCCCUCACCAAUACACCAAGUGUUCUGUCAGCCUGGGUCGAAGAAUCCAAAUUACUGGGUCUCGAGACGCAGCCUUACGUCUGUCAAUUGGCAUGUGAGGAGAUCCUCAAGGAAUUGGAAGUACAUCGUACAGCUGACGGUGCUAAAGUUACUGCAAAACGCAAAAAAAUUCCAAAUACUGAGAGAUCCAAAGGUACAACAACACCAUCAAUCGCUGGCAAUGGAUCAUCUGUUGUUGGUGAUGAUGAUACCGAUGUUAGGGUGGAUGAUGAUGGUACUGGUGGUAAUUCAGUUCCUGAGAUCAGAAUUGAGGAUCAAGAGGAUAAUCAGCAAGAACCACAGAUACUCCUCAGGACAACAACAGCCCCAUCGAGUGAGGAUAGUGAGAGAUCGGAGACGGAAACGGUUGAGGGUGUUGGAGAUGGUGGAAGGAGGAGGAGCGGUGAUGCUGGAGAUGGUGAUGGUGAUGUUGGUGUAGUUGGUACAGGUGAGAGAUCAGAAGGUGAUGAUGAUGUCUUCCAUAUACGUCGUUUUGUACCACAUCGUGGUGGUAUGUUGCCGACUGAGGUGGCAACGAGUGAUGAUGAGACAGAAGGUGACGAGGAUGAUGCUGAAGAAGCUGAAGAAGAAGAUGAUGAUGAAGAUGAUGAAGUUGGUGAAGAUGAUGAAACUGAAGAAGAAUCUGCCGUUGCUGGAGCUGUAGGUGCAUCAAAUGCUGAUACAGGAGGCACUGAAUCAGGUGAAAAUGCCCCAUCAACACCACCAUCAUCUGUUCCAGCACCAUCAUCAAUCCCAGCACCAUCAUCAGGUGGUGGCAAUCAAUCACAAAUGCCUCUGGAUACCUUGACAAAUCUUCCAGAUGGCAUUGAUCCGAGUUUCCUAGCUGCUCUUCCAGCUGAUAUGCGUCAUGAAGUACUUGAGCAACAUUUGCGAUUGCAGAGAAAUCGUGAGGAGGCACAGAGGAAUGCUGCACAGCGAAAUUAUCAAAUUGGUGAAAUUAAUUCGGAAUUUCUAGCAGCAUUGCCACCACAUAUUCAAGAAGAAGUUCUAACUCAGCAGCGAAUUGAUCAACAAUCGAUGACAAAUCCAAAUGAUCCAGUUGAUGCAGCUGCUUUCUUUCAGAAUCUACCAGCUGCCCUCAGGCAGUCCAUUCUCACGGACAUGGAAGACAGUCAAAUAUCUGUUUUACCACCGGAAUUGGCAGCUGAAGCCCAGAAUCUCAGGCGUGAUUGGCAAUUGAUGCAGGAACAUGUGAUGAAUCUCUUGAGUGGAGCAUCAUCUAGUUCAUCAUCGACUGUCUUGAGGUAUCGAGGCAGAGAUCAGACACCAAGAUCCCGCUUUCGUAGUGGUUGGGGUCAAAGUGGCAAUUUACAGGGUUUGAGCGGUGGUGAACAUUCCAGUGAAGGUGUUAUGCCCCUUCUUGGUCAGUAUUCCAGUGCAAUGGAUCGACAGGGAAAUGCUUUCUUGGACCAGGAAGCCCUGGCAUCCCUUCUUGUAAUGCUAUUCAUCGAUGCACCCAAAUUCAAUGUUUUGCGCUUCCAACGGGUAAUUCGGAAUUUAUGUUUUCAUGCACCAACCCGACGUUGGAUCAUUGGAGCAUUGCUGGCAAUAAUGGAGAGAACAGCUGAAGUUGUUGAUUUGGCAUCAAUAAAGAAGGUAUCAUCAGGGUCACCUGGUCAUGAUCCAAUGGAAUCUAUCAAUAGCAUUGGUAAGGGUAGAAAGGGUCAAAUGUCAUCAUCAUCAUCAUCAACAGAUAUGUCAUGCUCAAAGAAACCAAUAGAACGACCAAUGUGGCUCAAUAUUCGACUAGAUCCAGCUCUUGGAAGUCGUGCCAAUGUCUUCAUCUAUUGCAAUACAACAAAGAAACUCCUAUUGCAUCCUCAAGCUGCCAAUUCAACCUGUCGACAUGCCCUUGAACUGCUGACAUUGCUGGCAAAGACAUUUGCAGCAUACUUCAUGCCAACAAAUAAAGAUGAUACCGCACCAUCGGAUGCAUCAGCUACAACUGAAGCUGGUCCAAGUCGUCCUGCUGCUGCAAGUGGUACAACAUCUGGUCAACAAGAUGAUUUUUGGAGUAUACUGGUACGAUUGGAUAAUCCUGGUGGGCGAAUUGCACCAAGUGAACCACAGAAACGUACCCCUGGAUAUCCAACAGUACGAGCGACCAAACAAAUUCCCGUGACAUUUACCGAUGCCGAACCAAAAACCUUCGAUGAAGCACCAUUUGGACGUCUUGUGGCUAUGCUAAGAGCACCAAAUAUACGAAAAAGUCGUCCAUUGACAGAUAAAUUGCUGAGAUUGUUGGCAUAUAUGAGUAUUGCAUUGCCAACUGAUGGUGAUUCAGAUGACAAAAAGGCACCGUCAUUCAUUAAAAAUUACUCAGUGGGUAUUCUGGAGACAAUUGUUGAUGUUCUAUCGGAAAAAUCAUGCUCAGAGGAUGGUCUAGACAAUAUUGCCAAUCUUCUAGUUAAUCUCAGUCACUGCAGUACAGCUAUCAGAGAUAAUAUUAUCAAAUUGCUGCUCAAUGCUGUCAAGGAAUUGGCACAAUUGCUGGAGGAGCAAAUAAAGAAGUUGAUGGAUGAACUAAAGAUGGCUGAUUUGGAUGCAGGAGCAGCAGCAACAGCAACAACGACAGCUGGAACAUCAGAUGGUGGUGUAGGUGGUUCAGCUGAAGAACCAUCUCGACGGGGUACCCUUCAGGAUCGAUUUACCCGUGAAGUUGUUGUUGUAUCAUCAGAAGGUCGUCCAAGGGCAACUGGUGAUCUUCAGCUACCAUCAAUGGCACCAUUAGUGGCUAAGACAAGCAAUCAGACCUUCUUCCUGCGUACACUCAAGAUAAUCUUUCAGAUUAGGCGUGUUGAGAAGGAAAGUGAUGAUACAUCUAGUGGACAAUUUAGAGAUAUACAUCAGUUGCGUCAGUAUAGACUUUGGCAGACAUUGAGUGAUUGUCUUGAAUUGCUAAAGCAAACGCAUGAUCAUCAUGCUGUAUUGGUCUUUCAAUGUGCCGUUGAAGCCUUCUUUCUCACUCAUGCUCCAGCUAGACGGACCGAUGGUACCACACAAGAAAAUCGACGGGAUGUCUUUCAGGAAGUCAUGCAACCGAUGUCACCCAUUGCACUCAAUUUUGAUACAGUUUCUGAAUCAUCCGAUACACCACAAUGUCACAAUUCACCACCGUUUAUCAGGCAUCAUGCUAAAUUUCUCAGAUUUGCUGAGAAACACCGAACUGUUCUCAAUCAAAUCUUGCGACAGUACACAACUCACUUGGCCGAUGGACCAUUUGCUGUUCUAGUUGAUCAUACGCGUAUCUUGGAUUUUGAUGUCAAACGCCGCUACUUCCGGACCGAAUUGGAACGAUGCGACGAAGGGAUCCGACGCGAAGAAUUGGCCAUUCAUGUCAAUCGGAUGAAUGUUUUUGAAGAUAGUUUCAGAGAACUCUAUCGACGAAGUCCUGAAGAAUGGAAAAAUCGCUUCUACAUUGCUUUUGAAGAUGAAGAAGGUCAAGAUGCUGGUGGAUUGCUGAGGGAGUGGUAUGUGAUAAUAUCACGGGAAAUAUUUAAUCCAAACUAUGCCCUAUUCACUGUGUCACCUGGAGAUCGUGUCACUUAUAUGAUUAAUCCAUCAUCUCAUGCUAAUUCAAAUCAUCUCUGCUACUAUAAAUUUGUUGGAAGGGUCAUUGCCAAAGCCAUCUAUGACAACAAACUACUAGAAUGCUAUUUUACACGAUCCCUGUACAAACACAUUUUGGGUAUUCGUGUAAAGUAUACAGAUAUGGAAAGUGAAGAUUAUGACUUCUACAAAGGUCUUGUAUAUCUUAAGGAGAACAAUAUCACAACAUUGGGAUGUGAAUUGACAUUUUCGCUGGAACUACAAGAAUUUGGUGUGACUGAAAUACGUGAUCUCAUAACAAAUGGAAGGAAUAUUCCUGUGACAGAGGAAAAUAAACUUGAAUACAUUAGACUUGUGUGUCAGCUCAAGAUGAGUGGUUCAAUUAAACAACAACUUGCCGCCUUCCUCGAGGGCUUCUAUGAUAUCAUACCGAAACGUCUUAUAAGUAUUUUCAAUGAACAAGAACUUGAAUUGCUGAUAUCAGGAUUACCAAAUGUUGAUAUUGAGGAUCUAAGAGCCAAUACAGAGUAUCAUAAGUACAGUCCAUCGUCAAUUCAGAUUCAAUGGUUCUGGCGUGCACUGAGGAGCUUCGAUCAGGCUGAUCGGGCAAAAUUCCUUCAGUUUGUCACUGGGACAUCGAAGGUGCCACUUCAGGGUUUUGCUGCUCUCGAGGGCAUGAAUGGUAUCCAGAAAUUUCAGAUUCAUCGCGACGACAGAGGAACAGAUCGUCUACCAUCGGCACAUACAUGCUUCAAUCAGCUAGAUCUACCGGUGUAUAAGACCUACGACAAAUUGCGAGAGUGCCUCUAUAAGGCCAUCCAUGAGUGCUCAGAGGGAUUUGGCUUUGCUUAAAAGUUCGCCUGUGGGAGCUGUGAUACUUGUGAAAAAAAAAAUAAAUAAGAAAAAAAAGUAAAGUGGGAAGUACUCCAGGACAUUCCACAACAAAUUUAAAUAAAACAAAAAAAGAAAUAAUAAAAGAAUCAUUUUGUAAAAAAAAAGAAAAUAAGAGAGAGAAAUGUGAGAAGGGAAGAAAUGAAGAUUUAUUAAAUAAAAAUGCAUAAUUCUUGAAAAAAAAAAA